AUGGACGCAGUUAUCUUGACACCGCGGCUGAAACUGAUUCUGCUGGACAAGGCCGAAGCAGGAAGCAAGGAGUUCGAAUGGCUGCAUCAGCUGCAUAGCGACGAGAAGACUACGUGGUGGAGCAUCCAUGGUCGGGCGAAGUCGAUCGAGGACACGCAAAGAAUCUCUGGAGGCUAUCUUCCCACCAGCAAUACAGAACCAGAACGACCAAAGAGCUAUCGGGUCGCCUAUGCAGUCCACAGGAUCCUUGAGCCGACAGCCAGCUCCAUGAAGACCGAACCACAAACUAUCGGGCCUGGAGUGGAUGCGACAGAAUCCAUUGGUCUUAUAACCAUGAAAUCGGUGGACAGCGGCCACCUUGCUUUGCCAGAGAAUCUCACCAUCCCAGCUUCGGCUGCAGAUACAACUUUGACUGUCGAAUUGUCGUACAUGUUUUUGCCGACAGCGUGGGGGAAAGGAUACGCCACCGAGUCGUUGAGGGCAGUGUUUGAGUCCUGCAAGAGAGCGCUAUCAUUUUGGAAUCCUUACAAGAAAGUCUAUGUCAGGGCGAUUGUGAACCAGGGCAAUCCACUCAGUAUGCGGGUGAUGGACAAGACUGGGAUGAUAAAGCGUGGUGUUUACGAAUGGUCCGCAAAGCCCAUUUUCAUCGGCGGAGAAUGGCGAGAGCACCAUAGUCUCCAUAUCUUCGGGAUGCAUCUGAUCGAUAUACCUUGGACAGAGCUGAUGGGGUCCCCCUUCCCAUUGAAAAGACACAGGGUCAUGUGGUGGAGGGCUCGAAGAGAUGCCAACACUUUCUUGGACUCACAGUUUGAGGGCCGACGACACAAACAGAGUGAGAUUCCUAGUCCGACAAAAAUCUUGGCCCUGAGAUUUCUCCAACUGCGCAUCUUCGCGGGACCUCAAGACACAUACAACACAAGAGACAACACGAACGUCGACGACUAUUUCCCCUCUUGCGGCGCCUCUACCUUUAUAACACCCUCUCUGCUUCAAAUCAACCGUCCAGUCAGCAAGCAGCUCGAAUCCUCCACCGCCGCAACCAUGCCUCAAGCGCAACCCGAGCUCAAGAAGUACAUGGAAAAGCGCCUGUUUGUCCAGUUGAACGGCAACCGCAAAGUCAUCGGCGUCCUGCGCGGCUACGAUGUCUUUUUGAACAUUGUCCUCGACGAAGCUGUCGAAGAAAAAACCGGCGGCGAACGCGAGAGGUUAGGUAUGGUGGUCAUCCGUGGCAACUCCGUUGUCAUGCUCGAAGCGUUAGAACGCAUGGGUGACGAUCGACGAUGA